GUUAACGAUGGGAAUGUGUUGGGAUAUGACUACGUAAUACAAGGACAGACACAAGCUCUGGUUAUGUUUCUGAUCAACGUGAAAUGUUCACCUCACUGAAUACACCCUUGCAGGCGGACUUUGACCUUGGCGUUUCCAAGCAGGAAGUCAAGGAUAAUAUUUGUCUUUUUUUUUUUGUACCUGCCGAUUGUGUUGGAAGCUUGUCUUGGAAUAUGUAUGCCACUAUUGGAUUAUAAGAGGCUUGCUCAUGGAACAGUGAACUCAAGACAAGAGGACACAGGCUACAUUCACAGAUUGGUGACGUCACGAUUCAAAAAAAGAAAUAAAAAAUGUUCAGGAACAAUAGCGUGCCGUUUCCCUCUCAACCAAGAGGGUUCCCUCAGGUGGAUCCCCCCUCUCAGAGGUCCAGUAUGACCAGACCCAGUGCCAAGUCCAUAUACAUGCAAAGGAAGGAGUAUUCUGAAACGAUGAACAACCAACCUGACAACUUUCAGUACAGGGUGGAGCACCUGUUUACAUGUGAGUUGGACGGCCAGGAGGUGCGCAACUUGGAUGACUGUGUGACCAGGCUGCAGAGGCUGGAGGCUAAGGGCCGUGUCUGGGGGCAGGAGGUGAUCCUGGAGGUCCAGGGAGGAUACCUUCAGCUCAAUGACAUCGAGACCAAGGCAGAGCUGGAGUAUGUGCCUCUGGGAAGUGUAGUUCAGACCAACGCUGUGUUGGACACUUGUGCCUACAACUCCCUGCUCACUGUUAUGGUCCAGGAACGCAACAGACGCAUCCCUCAAGUCUUUAUGUUCCAGUGUGAGGAGGUCGGGGCAGAGCAUAUCAGAGAAGACCUGGACAAGGCUGUCCAACACAACGCUAAUGCUCCUCCUCCUGAACCUCGCAGAGAACCAAGCAGACACAAGAGUAAUCUGGAGAACAUCAUCGGUCAACAGGCGAAUGGGAAUGGCUUCUGGCCCAUUGGUCCUGCUCCUCCCAUGAUGCUGCAGGAGAGGACCCCUCCUCCCCCUGACCGCACCGCCCCGGUGUACAACAACAGAAACGGCAGGGACUAUGAGAGCUUCCCUCCCCCUCCAGUCUACAGCCCACUACAGGAGCCCCUGCACAGUCCGGAGGUAUACGGAGGGUCACAGCAGUACGGAGCUAGAGACCAAGAGCCUCGCCAACCCCAGCCUCAAUACACUGACACAGAGAGGAAUGUGGAAAUUUUAAACCAUGUGCUGAACGACGUGGAGCUCUUCAUGGGGAAAGUAGCUGCUCCUAAUGAAGAGAAGAACAACAAGAAGAAAAAGAAGAAGAAAAGCUCAAAGCCAAACGCUGACAACUUGCCACGUUGGGAGGAGUUUGUUGUCUGUCUUCAGAAAAUCAAGUAUGGAUUCAACCUGCUGGGAAAGCUGAAUGGAGAGAUCCAGAACCCUAGCGCUGCUGACUUUGUCCACAUUCUCUUCUCCACUCUGGGCAUGUUGAUGUGCCACUACCCCCCUGACCUGCCCCCCUCUGUCCUGACCCCCCUGCUAACAGAGCCAGCACUCAUCUUGCUUAGCCAGGUGGUCACCCCAGAGGAGGACCAGAAAUGGAGGGCCCUGGGAGACUCCUGGAACAUCCCCAGGUCCAAAUGGGCAGACGGUCACAUGAUCCCGCACUACAACCCAGAGUUCUAUGAUGGUUGGCAGCCGCCACAGCCUGUCCCACCGGCAGCCAAUCAGGGCCUGAGCAGGAGCAACAGCCAGCACAUCCCCCUGAGAAAGGAAAUGAUGCAACAGAUGCCUGAUGAGGGCAGGCAGUUGAGCAGGAGCAACAGCCAAUACAUGCAACGGCCUGAGGAGCCCAUGAUGAACUCUCCACCAUCUUUACGCCCGAGUGAGCUGGCCCCAGUGAGGAUGCGUGUGAUCUAUGACUUUAUGGCCAGGAACCCCCAGGAGCUGAGCAUUAUGAAGGGAGAGGUUGUCCAGGUCGUAGACAAGUCGGGGCAGUGGUGGAGGAUCCGUAAUGAACGUGGCGAGGAGGGUCACGUUGCUAAGAACGUUCUAGAGCCUCUGGAUGGAGGGAGACCCUGGGAUGAGGGCCAGGAGGUGCGCUCCCCUCCACCCCUCAACAUGCAGUCCAGACCUGCAGAGGUGAAAGCCUGGCUGGAAUACAAGGCCUUCUCCAAAAUAACGGUUCGUAGCCUGAGCGUGCUGAACGGAGCCCUGCUACUGGGGAUGUCCAAAGAUGAGAUGAGGACGGUGUGUCCAGAGGAAGGAGGAAGAGUCUUCUUCCAGCUGCAGGCCAUCAAGUCCUCCAUAGCCCUUGCCAGUGAGUCCAAUGGAUAUGGCCCUUAUAACGGUCGUUAGGCUGACUCGUCAAGUAACAACCAAGAGCCGACUGAGGGAGAAGAACAACUCAACUAUUUAACCUUUCAUUUAAUCAUAUAUUUUUUUGUCCAUUCAUAGACGGGUUGGUUGUUUAGCAACAAAGCCGAUGUGUGAGUAACUAUGUGUCAAAACACAGAUUGGUUUUGACUGUUGACAACAUGUAAACUGUAUUAUUUCUCUAAAUGUUUUAUUGAUUAUACAUAAAUAAAUUUGCACAAUCAGCACUU